AUGGCGGAACACUUAGCCUCGAUCUUCGGCACGGAAAAGGACCGCGUGAACUGCCCGUUUUACUUCAAAAUCGGCGCCUGUAGACACGGCGAACGAUGCUCGAGAUUGCACAACAAACCAACCGUCUCGCAAACGCUCUUGCUGAUUAACAUGUACCAGUCGCCGGAACAAGCGCGAUUACUCGGCGGAAACGCGCAGGGCGCGCGCACUUCCGAACCUCAAGACGUGCAAGAACACUACGAAGACUUUUGCCACGAUAUUUUCGAAGAACUCGCGAUACACGGGGAGAUUGAAGAGCUCAACGUGUGCGACAACUUAGCCGAUCACAUGGUGGGAAACGUGUACGUGAAGUUCGCGGACGAAGACGACGCGAUGAAAGCGAAGCAAUCUUUAGACGGGAGAUAUUACAUGGGACGACCAAUCAAGUGCGAGUUUUCACCAGUGACGGAUUUUCGGGAAAGCACGUGCCGACAAUACGAAGAGAACACGUGCACGAGAGGCGGGUAUUGUAACUUUAUGCACGUGCGGCCGAUUAAGAACCAGACGCUGGCGCACGCGCUGUUCGGGAGGUACGGGAAGAAGAGGCAGGAGAGGAGAGUUUAUGGAAAUCGAGGAGGAGGAGGAGGACGGAGAGGAGACAGAGGAGGGCAGCGAAGAGAUCCGUAUCAUAGAAGAGGACGAGAUCGCGGGUACGGCGGCGACCGACGGAGAGACGAUUAUUACAACAGAGACGACGACAGAGAACGACGACGAGGAAGAUCGAGGUCGAGAUCGAGAGACCGAAGAGGCGGUGGGAGAGACUACAACGAAGACUAUCGUAAUAACGACGAUCGAAGAGGAGGAGGCGAGAAAAAAGCCGCUGGAUUUGGCAUGAGCGAUGAAGAGAGACGCGCUAUGAUUGCCAGCUUCAAAAGCGAAGAGUAA